AUGAAAUAUGGUGCACGUGGUGAUGGCAAAAUUGAUGAUUCACUGGCAUUUGUCAGGGCAUGGAAUAGUGCGUGUAAAGCAGCAGAGAUGUCAACACUGGUUAUACCAGUAGGAAAAACAUUUAUGGUGUCGAAACUAAGUUUUAACGGUCCUUGCACCAACAAACAUAUUCUUAUUCAGCUUGAAGGGAAAAUAGUUGCACCUUCUAAGGUACAUUGGAAAGCUCAGUCAUAUUGGAUUACCGUGCAAUCUGUAGAAGGACUCACAAUUAAUGGUCAUGGUCGAGGAGUACUCGAUGGAGAUGGUUCGACUUGGUGGCAAUGCAAAUCAUGUGAUCGACCUGGGGUCUUCUUGUUUCAUUCAUGCAAGGGUCUCAAUGUUAGUAAUCUGAGUAUCACUAAUAGUCCACGUUCCCAUGUAGCUGUUAAUAUGUGCAAUGGUGCAACAUUUUCUAAUAUAUCUAUUAAUUCACCUGGUACUAGCCCCAAUACUGAUGGGUUUGACAUUGCUUUAUCCACUCAUAUUGUGAUACAUGAUUCCAACAUAAAAUCUGGUGAUGAUUGUAUUGCCAUCAAUGGUGGCUCCUCUUUUGUCAAUGCUACAAGGAUUACUUGUGGACCUGGCCAUGGAAUAAGUGUUGGAAGCCUUGGUAAAAAGGGAUCUGAGGAUAAAGUUUCUAAUAUUCAUGUGCGGAAUUGCACAUUCAAUGAAACUCAAAAUGGAGCACGAAUCAAGACAAUUCCUGGUGGAUUAGGUUAUGCAAAACAUAUUACAUUUGAGCAAAUCAUCCUUGUUAAUGUUAACAACCCAAUAAUUAUAGAUCAGGAAUAUAGUAUUAGUCACAAGGGUGCAAAUGUGUCGGUGAGUUCAGUGAAAUUUCAAGGAUUUACCGGAACUUCUGCUAGCGGCUUAGCUAUUCAGUUAAAUUGUAGCUCUUCUGGUUGUUAUGACAUUUUAUUGGAACAAAACAACAUUGUUUCUGCUCAACCAGGAAAGAAGGCUUCUUCUUUUUGUACAAAUGCCCAUGGAACUGCUAGAAAUACUGUUCCAAAUGUCCCUUGCUUAUUAAAGUAA